AUGUUCAAAUUUCGACAGUUCACAUUGCCAUCUGACUCCAUGUUGCAUUAUCAUCGUGGUGCCUCUGUUAUCAAUACAGACAUGGUGCCUAUGGAGCAGCAGCAACAACAACCACGAGAACGUAGUCUAUCUCCGGAUAGUUUAGAACAACGUUUCUUUAAACAUCAUUUAAUGCCAGAUAGUGUUGAUGAUGAUGAAUCUUUCUUAUCAUCAUCACCAUCGUUAGUCGAUUCAAUUAAUAUUGAUCAACAACAACAUCAAUUGAAUUCAACAAAAACUAUCGUUCAUAAAUUAACAUCGAACGGUCUUCUUAGUACUUUAUCGUUUAUCAACGAUAAUGAUAAUGAUGACGACGAUGACGACGAUGAUAUGGAUGAUGAUUUCGAUGAAAUUCAUUUUGAUCAAGACGAAGUUAAUUUACUUUUUUCUGACCCAGACGAUGGUGUUCUAUGUCGAUUAUCUAAUGAUUUAAUUGAUAUGGAAGACGAUUAUGAUGAUGAUGAGAGUGACGAUUAUUGUAAACGCACGCGUCCUAUGUCUAAUAUAACGCCACCAAAUCUAGUUAUUUUAUCAUCAUCAUCAUCAUCAUCAUCGUCGUCGUCGACGUCAUCUUCAUCAUCUUUGCAAGAUCCACAACAGCUGUACUCUACUUAUCGCUUUCUUGAUCCCAUAUCUGAAGCUGCUAGUGAAGAAGAACGUCGGGCAGCUAUAUCAAUAAUUCGUCAACAACAAAAACAUAAACAUAGUACAUCGUCAUCAUCAUUAUCCACAAGUGCUAAUGGUCAUUGUGAUGGUGAUACAACAACGAACGAUGAUCUUUCAACAUUGAGUGACAUUGAUGAACAAAGUACAUCGAUCGAUGAAAAUUCUAUUUUACAAUCAUCUAUACUAUUUCGCGAUCAGCAACAACAUAUACAUAAAAAAAGACGUCAUAAAGAAUUUCGUUGUCUAAGUUGGUCAACAAAGCACGAGAGUAAGUUCGCCUAA